UCUUUCUUACUCCAAUUACAAUGAGGAUUCAUCUUCUCUUCCUCCUCAUUUCUCUUCCUUCCACCCUCUGUAUCUUCAUGAACAUCUCCACCUCCUCUAACUACAAGACUAUUUUCAGUUUCGGUGACUCGCUAGCGGAUACCGGGAACUAUCUCACGUAUGGCAGGGAAGCCAUUUUGGCCAUUGACAAGUCUCCUUAUGGUAUAACCUACUUUCACAGACCAACAGGGCGAUGCUCCGAUGGCCGCUUGGUUGUUGACUUCAUUGCUGAGGCUUUUGGAGUUCCUGAAUUGCCACCAUACUUGGCAACUGCAGAAGGGCAAAAUCUCAGGCAUGGAGUAAAUUUUGCAGUAGCAGGCGCCACAGCGCUGGAUACGUCCUUCUUCUAUGAACGGGGCCUUGAUGCAUUUCUAUGGACAAAUAGUUCACUAAGUAUUCAGCUUGGUUGGUUCAAGAAGUUGAAACCCUCUAUAUGCAAACAAGCAACAGAUUGCACCAAAUUUCUCAGAAAAUCUCUUUUCCUCGUGGGAGAGAUUGGAGGCAAUGACUAUAACUUCGCCUUCUUAAUGGGACAAACCAUAGAAGAUGUGAAAAAAAUUGUCCCCAGAGUUGUCAGAGCCAUUGUUGAAGCUACCAAGACACUGAUCAAGGAAGGCGCGGUGAAUCUGGUUAUACCGGGGAAUUUUCCGGUUGGUUGUUUAACAGUUUAUCAAAGUUUGUUUCAGAGUAGAAACAAAGAGGACUAUGACUCACAUAACAAAUGUCUGGUGGCUUACAACCACUUCUCUCAAUAUCACAAUAGGCGUCUCAAAGCUGCUUUGAUCAAGUUGCAAAGACAGCUCACCCAUGCCAACAUCAUCUAUGUGGAUUAUUACAAUAUUGCAAUGCCUUUCUUCAAUUCUCCAGAAAAGUUUGGAUUUAUAAAGGAUCAUGUGCUAUCAGCUUGCUGUGGAGGAGGUGAGGCAUACAAUCUCAAUCUCUCUGCUAUGUGUGGGAAACCUGGGUCCAAAGCCUGUGAUGAUCCUUCGACAUAUGUGAAUUGGGAUGGCAUCCAUUUAACAGAGGCCGCAUAUGCUUUCAUUGCCAAGAAAGUGAUUCUUAACCUCUAAUAAGUGAUCAUGGUGCAUGGAUUAAUGACCUCCACCAUUUUCUUUAAUAAAAUCAGGGCAUAUAAUCACAGGGUCGGUGGCCCAUUUAUUGUUCAACUGAUUUUAUUUUUGAAUUUAAUUAAUUAACCAUGAAUUCCAUUUUACUAAA